AUGUCGUCCUACGACUCCACCAGAUUAGGAUACCCACCACAUCCGCAAUACCCACAACAACAGCCACCCUACCCCACCACUCCCGGAGCUGCACCACCACCACAGCAACCGACAAACUACUUCCCACCGAUCCCCGAACAGCAACCCAUAUACUCGUCCUCACCAACAUCCCCCUACGGCAACGGUGCGAUGACAUCAAUGCCACAACCUCACAUGCCAUCACACCGGCGCACAUCCUCCUCUUCAUCCUACAACAGCCAACGCCCCACACACAUCCAACCCGGCUCCCCUGCAAUUCCCAUUCGACAGCCCGACCCGCAGUCAUACCAAUACCAAUACCAACACCCGGGCCCUCCAGCCCCUACUUCUUACCCGCCGCCCGUCACGUACGCGCCCCAGGCACCUCCCAUCUACGCACGCUCCUCCUCGCAACAAAGCCACUACUCCCAUCACAGCUCGCAUGCACACAAUGCGCAUGCGUACGCGGAUGGAGAGGAUAAAUACGAAGACGAGCAUCGUAGACAUCACGAUCAGCAUUACGGGGAACUGGAUCCUGAGACGGAAAGGGAGUACAAGAGGAGGUACGCUAAGGAGAGGGAAGUAGAGAGGAGACCGACACUGGGAGGAAGUUUGCUGAGUACGAUAGGGAAGAUUGGUGGGUUACUUGGGGGAGAUAGACGGUAG